CCAAAGUACGGAUCGGAAUUCCUCGCGAAACACACCUACUCAUCGACGCUGGAAGAUACAGCAAAAAACUCAGCAUUCCAUGAGACGUCUGCUUGGAUGCUGCACAUGGAAAGGCUAAUUUCGCAGGCGGUGGAAGCAGUUACAUCGUCACUGUCUCAGACCUCCUCCGAAAAUGUCAGCCCCAUCAAAGUGCCCAUCCCCCACCACCCGCUCCAUCUUCUGGGCUCCUAUGGGGGAGGCAAGAGGUCUGACGACUGCUUUCUUCUUCCAAGUGGUUAUGCACGGCCAGAUGAGCCCAGCAGCUGGUGCACAAGCUUAUCCGGCUCGAGGUCCAGGUUCAAUUCCCCAUAUAGGGAAGAAAUGUCCGAUUCCGUUCCGGGACAAGGCAACCAGGAACAGUCCCAACAGUCCCAAGAUAACUCCUCGGAACCUUCCACAACAACAAACCGUGAAAAAACAUUCAUCUGUCCGACAUGCCUGAAAGGAUUCCGAAGCAAGCAGCAAUUGAACCAGCAUAGCUUGGUCCACUCGGGGAUCCGCAAGUACGAGUGCAGCUAUUGUGACAAGGCCUUCAAGCAACUGUCUCAUCUUCAGCAGCAUCAGAGGAUUCAUACAGGAGAAAAACCAUAUCGAUGUAACCAAGAUGGGUGCGACCGAGCGUUUGCCCAGUUGUCCAACCUCCAACAUCAUCUACGAAACCAUGACGACCAGGUGAAGAAAGCGACAAACAAGCAGUUCAAAUGCGUCAUCUGCCAUCGCAGCUACACCAACGAGAGCAGCCUCAAGUCACACACACUCAAGAUGCAUAUACACAUUAAGCCUAUUGAGAGUCCGGACGACCUUAAUUCAAACCUCAAACAACGAAAGAAGAAAUCAAAACCGGAAAAUUUAUACAACGCUCCAACAAUGGUGCCUACCCACGACCAAAACCAUGAUAGAGGCCUGGGAUCCUUCCCACUUGCCCUCGGCCUUCAGGAGCGGUCCCGCCUAGAUGGACCGCCACAUUCGCCGCUCCUCGGUCUAGGGGGCCUUGGACAUGCAGAUGCUCUACGUCAUGAUCGCAUGGUCCAGAGUCCUGGAUCCGACGGACCCCGAAGCCUUGAGAAACACAGUCCCGGAAGUGAAAAGCUCAUGUCGGGGUCUGGAUCCGUGAGUUUCAUCGAACUCGAUGACACCGGGGAGGUGGUGAGCGCCUCUGUCAACAGGCCGCCAGGACAGGGCUUGAAUCUGAAUCACAACAUUGGGUUGGACCGAGGCGGCACCCUCUCACAAAUCAUGGACAGAACAAGUGCUCAUUUAUUAAACCGCAGCAGUUCACACCUGGGGCUUGACCGUCGAAACUUGCAAUCGCUGGGCUUGGAACGCAGCCGUGGGCUGAACCUCGUCAGUCAAGGCAUGAGGAUCCAGGAGUCCUCUGUUUCAUCAAGUUCAUACCAAAGCUCUGUUUGUACGACAUCCCCCAAAUCAGAAGUGACAUAUUCAUCACCGUUAACGCCAUCAGCAUCUCAUUCACCUAUCUCCCAUCAUUCAGACCGCCUUUUUUCCCAGUCUGUUCAUGAUCUUAAUCGAUCCCUGUCCAGCCCCUACCCACACAUGACCCUGCCGACCGACCGCAACCCGUAUCCAGCUCACGUCAACAACAUCUCCCUGCCCAUGGACCCAAUGAGCCUGCCGGUGUCAACGCACACGGGCAGACCCUACCACAGUCAGAUGCCACUGUCGCCACGCAUGCCCCCCAUGUUGUCUCUGCCGACAUCAAGUCACAUGACCUUGCCAACCACCCCACAGAGGAUCCACGAUUCCAUGUCCUUCUCUCCACUGGGAAACUGACUAUAGGCCAAGGUCAAGGUCAAGGUCAGUAUGAACUGAUGGAAGCUGAAUGCUGGGCCAGCAACAGACUGGUAGUGAUUCUCUAUAUUUGAAACAUAGAUGGAACUACAUAAUCGAAUCUUUUCAAAGAUGUUGACUUCAAAUAUUUUUUUCUUGCCAUGUAAACAUUUUCAUCGCCCAGAUCAGAUCCCUGAAGGAACUAAGACCUGUGUUUAUUCGUUUCCAAAGUAACAAUCAAAAACAGGUCGAGGUGACACUGUGAAUGAAAUUUAAGGAAAGUGACAAUUAUUUUAUUGAAGCAAAACUACAAAUCUCAACCUGACCUUCCAUUGGUCAGUUUUAGUCUGCAGCUGUGUGGCAGUGGCCAGCAGUUAAUCCUCUCAGUGAUGGUGUCCAGGUUCAUUCCUUCCAAAGUCACAGCCUCUGAUCUAUCACAACAAAAACUUGUAUAAUAUCUCGUCAUUAGAAUUGUGUCAAGUCUGUUUAAGUGAUAAGCGUAUAGGGUGUUCUGUCCAGUGAGACCUCUGACAAUAUGGUAGUCUUUCUGUAAUCAACUGGGGUUACCUGCCCCUGACUAAGGUUUUGGAUUAGGAAGCCCCUCAGCAUGAUGCAAUCUAGUAACACCUCAGCCAGUGCUAACUGGCAUCCAUCUUGGAGCUUGUUUCAUGUACAUGACUAUCCCAACACAACUUGGGGCCAUAGUAAAUAUAUGUACCAGUUCAAAACAUUUCAAUGUUUUUUGGGUCUACAAGUGUAUUUAUAAUUCCUGAGCAAGUCAUUUUCAAAAUUAUUAUUAUGUCAAUGAACUAAAUGCUGUGGGGUCUGUGGCUACGGGGAAGUAAAUUCCUGCAAUAUAUCUACGCCAUGGCUGCCCUAGGUUCUAUCUGAGAAGCUGUAUGAACUAUGGACGCAAUGGUUGAGAACCAAACAUUCGGUUUUAUUAAAAGUCUGCAAGAGUUUUUUUCUCCUGUACAGAUAAUGGUCCCCCAAUUUAACAUCUGUGCCACCAUUAUAAAUGAAUACUUCCUUCAGGGAUGCGAAGUCUGAUCAUAGAUACUGGAAUUAGUUUUAGAUUUAAUUACCGUUUUUUGAUUCAUUGAAUGAAACUUGCUGAUGAAAUAUGUAUUAUAUAUCAAUUUAUUUUGUGAGGCGAUCGAAAAACACUUUUUAUUUUCAAACUAUGUGCCAAACUGGUAUUAUUACAGAAUUAACUAUUGAGAAAGUCAAUUUGUACACUCCUGAGCUAUGGAGAUUGUUGAGAAACCAAAUCUUGUUGCACAGUCCAGGGGAGAUAACUCUCCCCACACUGGCCCCUAGAAUUCUCAAGCCGAUUGUUAUUGUUUGAUUUUGUUUGAGAACUGUCUUGUUAUGUUGGUGAUUUGUUUCUGUUAAGUCUAAAAUAUGUUUUCUUGGAGAGGAGACAUUUUUAAAACAACCUUUGUAUAGAUAUGUGAUUAAAAAUAACCCAAUUAGAGACAUUCAGGCUAUUAUUACACACUAGACUAUGAAGAAAUUGUGUAAGAAUUUAAUGUCAAAAUGUUCCGUUGUAAUUUUUUAUAUUUUUUUCAUAGCUGUAAUUUUCUACAGAUGCAAAGUCUCUACACCUAAUGAUUGGAAUGUUUGAUUUGAAAUUAUAGCUUGAAUUAAAUUCAAAUACAUAUCCAGGUUUGGAGCCAAAAGCAAAGCGGACUGGCCCUUACCAAGGAUAUUGUAAUGAGACUAUUUUUUUGUUUCUUUUUUCAGUAUAUGUACUUGAAAAGUACAUUUAUAAAUUUUAUAUAUUUUUUUCUGAAAUGUCAAAAAAGUGACAUUAAUAGAUUAUGUCUGUUAUGGAAUCUUGAAUUUUGGUGAUUCAGCGAACAUUUGCCCAGACCUGACUGUGGGCAAUUUGAUAUUGUAAGAUUUGUGUAUCUAAUACACCAUGAAAUCAUCUGUUUGAUGUGUCGUUUUCAUGCAUUUACUGUAAAUAUUUAUUUAUUUGUUUAACCUGGGAUUACCCUGUAAGGGUCAGAUGUUAAGAUGUAUAUAUAUAUAUCAUAAGGGUAGAAAAACGUGGUGCGUGCUUGUAUGUAGCUUUCUCAGUGGUCAAAGAAUAGAUAUGUGCCAUUUCAUCAUAAAAUAUAUCUGGAUUUUAAAAUUACUGUUACCAGACAACUUAUUGUAGUAAUCGGGUUUUUUAAUUUUUUAUUGCGGUGUUCUUAUCAAAAUCUUGCAUUGUUUUGCAUGAAUAGUCACUUUUUUUGCUUUCUACAGGGUAAAAUAAUUCCGGUGUUAUCUGAAUGCUAUUUCAUUCAAUAUAUGUGAUUAUAUUUUUCAAACUACUUGUCAUGUUUUGGCAGACUUCACACUUAAAUGGACUCUGCUUUAUAAAACAUGUCCAUUGAAAAAAUGUUGUUUAUCUUGCCAAUUAAUUAUAACUUGCUAUUUAUGUUCAUACUGAUUUUUUGAUAGCUUCAAGCAAGAAAAUCUAUUUAACAAAAUCAUAAUGCAUGUCAUUCUUCCAUUUAAUGGAAUUAAACGUUUUGUGUCUCUGCAUAGCAGAGAACGUAAUAUUUUUUUCAUCUUCAAACUGGAUUCACAUUUUAUGUCAAUCCCCCAUUUUACAAGCCCAUAUUUUGAAAUAGAUCUAUUGUUGAGUUCAACUAGUAACUAGUAAAUGUUUGUAUCGCUGGGGAAGUGUUAUGUAAAGUUGGAUGUCGAUGUCUGACGUAUGUUUUUAAUCUUUGAUAUUAAAUUUCAUAACUUGAUAUCAGCCUACAUGGGGUGUUUCUUGGGACAAUGUAAGGUCUCGCUAGUGCAUUAUAUGCACCAAUAUUUAUGUUUUAUUUUAGCUUGGAAGCUUCCCAGUGCACAAAUGCAUAUUAUACAAAGCUUUUGCUUGAAGCAACGAUGGGUGGUUUUUGUGGUGCCGGGUGCUCGUUAAUCAGGUGUCGUGUUAGUAUAGAGUAAGUUCAUCUGUGUCUGUUUCAAUCAUUUUGAGGUUGCACCAUUGAGACUUGAGUAAUGGCGUCAUGUUAAUGCAUCCAUGGAAUAUCUUGCUGAAUCAAGAAAUAUGUUUAUUCACAAGUGGUAUGAUUAUGUUCUGUGUUUAUGUAACAAUCUGAUUAUUAUGCUACACAAUCACCCGAUAGAUCCAUGUUUCUCAAUGUAACUAUAUAUACAUUUUGGGCAGCAAGUAUUUUAACUUACUCACUUAAUCAUAGACAGAUAUUAACCAGAAAUUACUGUUUAAAUUUAACUCGACAGCACACAUUUGUGUCAAUAUUAUUUUGAACAAUAUUUUUAAGUGUUUAAACUUUUUUCUCUUUUCCCUGCCCAUACCUCUAUCUACCCAGGAUUCCUGUCUACCACCUACCCCUAACCUUGUCUACCACCUUACCCUACUUAUCCCUGCCCCUUUCUACUCACUAACUCUCUAUCCCUACCCAUACUCCUGUCAACCCACUAACCGUAUCUGCCCCUGCCCCUGUCUAUCCACUUACCUUACCAACCCCUAACCUUAUCUAUCCCUAUCUCAUUAUCCCUACCCCUGCCCAUGUCUACCCACUAACCGUAUCUAUCCCAAACCCUAUCUACCCCUGUCCUUUUCUACCCCCCCGACUCUUUCCCUACUCCUGUCUAUACCUUAUGGUCUACCCUCUUACCCAUUGACCUGUUCACCCCUAACCCUAUCUACCCUCUAAUUCUGUCCCUACCCCAUCUACCUACUUCCUACCUACCCUCCUACCCUGUUCAUCCUAAGCUGAGCCUUCUUUCAACACAUGAAAAGCCUCUAUGUUCAAGUUAUCCAGAAACCUUCCACGUACAUAAAUGUUUUGUUGUUUUCAAUAUUUUCACUUUUAUCUGACCACAGUUCUAACAUGUAGGGGCCAAUGGCAGUGAAUAUGGCAGAAGUAUAAUGAUUAUUGUUAUGUACAGGAAUAUCUAGUUAUUUACUCCGAUGCAGCUUACAGUGACGCUAGUCUCUUCAUGAGCUUGCUGACAAUGUUUUGCAUUUAUAGUCAUAUUUAUUGAUAAUUCUGUAGAUUUUAAACCAGGAUUGCGUUCAAAACAAGAAGUGCAAACUCGCCGUGGAAAGUCAACAAGCAUUAUUAAAAUGAAAAUGUUGUUUAUAAAGUUGUUAAGAUAUAUUCCGAAGACCUUAACUGCAUCACGUGAUCAACGACGCUUUGUUGUAUUGUUCUUGUUGUGUAAAUAUUCCAUUGGGUAUUGUUAGUUCAAAUUGUUCUGUCACACCGUACCCCACAUGGUUACAAUGUGUGAAGCCCAUUUCUGGUGUCCCCCCACUGUGAUGUUGCUGGAAUAUUGCUAAAAGCGGCAUAAAACCAUAUUCACUCACUCACUCUCUUAUAUUGUUCUGACAAAAUGGUUCAUGUUUCUCAGUUUGGCAAUAUAGUUUCAUGAAGGCAGUACUCAUAAUAACAAAUUGACAUUGAUGUAUUAUGUUCAGAAGGGGUUCGGUAGCCCAGUGGUUGUCAAGUUCGAUUGUCACACCGAAGGCCUGGGUUCAUGUCCCUACAUGGGUACAAGGGUGUGAAGGGCCAUUUCUGGUGCUCCCUGCCAUGAAAUUGCUGGAAUUGCUACAAGCAGCGUAAAACCCAACUCACUCACUCCCUCACUCACUGUUAUGAUCAGAUUGAUGUUUCUCUUUGGACAUUAACAAUGGUCUACAGAUACUAGGUCGUGUCUGGCUGAGCUGGUGUAGAGCCUUACACAGUGUGUGGGCUUGUUUGCGAAGUGUUUGUAUUCAGGUACAAAUUAUCCCAAACUGUAUUUGUCCUUCUGGCAUCCAUGUUGCUUUCUGUACUCCUUCACACUUGCACUGAGCAAAAACAUUUUAUUAUAUCGGUGAAAAAGAUAAUCACGCAUGCACGUUGAUGUAAGAGUGUCUUUGACAUAAUGAAAAUUUGUUCUUUCAAAUUCACAUAUGGUAAACAGAGAUUACCGACUACAUCACAGAGAGAACAAAAAUCAAAGAAAUGAAAGAAAAUUUGUAAAACUCUUCAAAUUUAUCACACAAACGUGCAGUAGCCAUUUUCAAAGGGAGCUAACUCUGAAUAAAAUAUUUGAAUUUAUUCUUAAUUUUCAAAUGUGUCACAGGGAAUUUGUUCUCUCCAGACAAAUAUUGGCAGUGAAUGAUGGAUCAAAUUUAUUCUCAUAAACUGUUGAAAGAGAAUUCCCCUUGAGAAAAUUAUCACAAAGAAACUAUUUCACUUUCAAGCUACUCUUUUUGCCUUAU